GAAGAACUGUCGAAACAUGUUUUUCAAAAGUGUCGUUUAUUUUCUUAAAUUCGUUACAUAUCUGCUGCUAUCCAAAAGCUUCAACAAUGUCAAUAAGUUAUUGCUAACGCUGAAACGUAAAGCUACUUCAAAGGGGGAUCGUUGCAGCUACGAUUUGGAAGAGAAAUUAAGUACCUAUGGCCACUUUUCCCGUCAAAAGGUUCAUCUUAUGUGGAGCUGUCAUUGGCGCCCUCUGCAGUGCUUUACAGCAAGUCGAAAUCUUUUGCAAUAUACACAAGGAGAGACAGGUUAUAGCGAAUCUCCAGGAGACAGUGUUUUUCAAUUGCUCUGUCCUCCGUGGGAGACCAAUGAGACAGAUUACAUGGAGCAAGGAAGACAAUGGAAGGAAACUUCAGGGGCUUUCCACUUUACCAUCCGAAUCAGCACCAGGGCUCUGGUCGAGCGUACAAAUAAGCAAUAUCAGUGCAAAGGAUUAUGGGAGAUAUAGAUGCGAGGUGUCAAAGGACAAUGGAACUGACGUUUGUUCAGUAGUUCUCCAUGUUAAAACCCAUCCACAUUUCUCAAAAGCAAGAGGAUUCUUCACCACAACCCCGCAAAUUCUUUUAGAAGGUCACAAUCCUGUAUUCUAUUGCUACGCCAGCGGUUGGCCAAAACCAUCCUUCACCUGGCUUAAGGAUGAAGUGGUAGUAAAGGAUGGUGACGGUAAUCAUUCUUACGGGUUAACGAAAAGAAAUGGCUUGCUUCUCAGUGGUCUGGACUUGGAGAUUUUUUAUGUUAGACAGAAGGAAGAUGAAGGACGAUACACAUGUGUAGCAAAGAAUAAAUUUGGCGAGAAACGUUAUCAAAUCAAGCUUUUUGUAAACAAAAAGUCCCGGUCUCAACCAAAAGUCCAUCCUUACGCAUCUAUCGAUCAAGUAACCAUUAAGAAAAGCGACAAUGCUUUAUUGAAGUGUGUGGGGGAGAAUACCCCAAAUUCAACCACAUUUGUCUCCUGGGCGUUCAAAGGAAAGACAUUACUCCUGGAUGGUAACAAUGGGCUGCAUCAUGAGUCAAACUACGUCUUUUUUGAGGAGCAUUCCAUUCCAAAAGUUAAUUUCUCAUUGCUGAUAAAGAACGUCACGGAGCAGGAUACUGGGGCAUAUCACUGUAAGGUCUUAACUCUAAAAGGAAGCGACUCUGGUACAAUUCACUUGAAUCUUGUUGAAUUAAAUGAAGUCAAAGAUUCUCGGGAUGGGCAAAGCAAAACUUCUUUGACAGAGUUCCUGCUGGUAGGCGUCGGAAUAUUUUUCGGUCUGCUGACGGCUGCUAUCGUUUAUCGACAAUGGAAGAGGAGCAGAAAACAUCGGAAACGCAAGUAUAACACUAAAUCGAAGGACUUUCAGUACGAUGUAUUUAUCAGCUUCAGUACCCUGGACUACAAUUGGGUGAGAGACAACCUUACACCUGUUUUGGAGAGCAAGCGAAUCAAUUACUGUAUUCACAGUCGGGACUUCAUUGUUGGAAAGGCUAUAAUCGAGAACAUUGCAGACAGUAUCUAUAAUAGCAGAAAGGUACUAGCGGUCAUUUCACGAAAUUAUCUUGACAGCAACUUCUGCCGUGAAGAAUUGGAAAUUGCGAUGCACCGUUCUGCUGAAAUGGCUGAUUCAUCUCUCCUGCUAAUUCGACUCGAUGGUGUUGAUACGAAAAACCUUCCCAAGACACUGAGGAGGAGGACGUUCUUGGAUUACUCGAGCAACAUGGAAAGAGUUGACUGGGAGGAAAGACUAUUAAAGCAAAUUCAGUUCGAUGCCAGGGGCUUUCAUAUGAAUGGGAAAUCAAAUUUUUCAACAGAUACGGUCCAACUUAUCAGCCAUCUCUAACGUGAUAUGUGCAUCCUUUUUUUUUCCCUGAGCAAAGUAGUAUUUAGACAAAAUAUACAUCAAGAUUUUCAUGCUGUAACAAAUAGUUCUGCUUGUAUUCACAUCGUACUUACAGUACUGCGUAAAAGUAAUGCAAACAAUAUCGCCAAAUAUCGCAAUUAUCGCGAUAUAUCGGCGAUAUUUAAGCGAUAUUUUAGUUGCAACGAUAUAUCCGCAAUACAUUGCAGGGCUAUUGUUUUAACAGCCGCGAUAUAUCGCCGAUGUAUCGUUGAGCUCCUAGCGAUAUGUCGUUUGAGCUUAGCGAUAAAUCGCUGCAGCUCAAGAAUAUAUCGUUUUCGUCUCCCUGAUCUAUCGUUUACACCUCCCUAACCCAUCUCGUUUACAGACACAUCGUUACAACUUAGCGAUCGACAUAUCGUUACAGCUUAGCGAUCGAUGUUUGCGCUCCACGGUGAAUGUUUAAUCGGACUGACACUUCCUGUAUCGCAAAUAUAGUUAGUGAUACUAUUCGAAAGUCUGUUUUCUGACGGCAGAGUAACGUGUUCACACAAUCUACUUUUCCCGUCUUUUUAAUAUUUCCAACAUCAGAGAAAUUGAACUCUUAAAUGUUACACAAUUUACUUUCACAUAAACUUCUGGGCAAAAUAAACACAAACAAGUCCUGCCGGACAGCAAUUUACAAAGUCCUUGCAACAAACAGUAUUUUGUAAAGGACAACAACCGAACCUUUUAGGGUUUCUCCAUGUACAAAAUGUUUGACCAAUAGAGCAUCUCUUUUUGCAAUCGUGGCAAAUUCUCCCCGUACCGUUCAGUGGUGCAAUGCCCUGCAAUAACGAUGCACGUGGUGAUCAACUCAUUAAAAAUAAGGUCUCCUUAUUAUGUACUUGACAAAACAUCCAGUUUCUGAUUUGUUGAUGAGGAAUGUCUAUAUUUAAAUAGCUCGUUAAGUACCAUACGAAAUUUGAAAAUUCUUCCCUUUCUUCCUUGAGGCUUUCGCACAUGAAUAAUGAAAAACAAUAAACCAGAUUUGCCUGUUACAAUUAUUCUAUGAUAUGACCAAUCUAAAGAAAACACAAGUAUAUUUCGACCCGUUAAAGAGUUUUCCGAAGAAUGUGGACUGUGCC